AUUGCACUCACGCGCACAGCAAAACCCACCCAACGGAACCCCCAAUCCCACAUGCAGUCCAUCCUCCGUACCCGUCCAAAAUGCACCGCCCACCACCACCGCACUUUCUCGGCAGCCACCGCCGCCAUCAAAUGCGUUCGAGAUCGGGGCCUGGACCACGCGGUAGAAAAAGAAAGAAACCUCAAAGCAGUGCUCAAGCUCAAGAACUUUAUCAAAUCGGAGCCCUCGAAGUCCCUCCCACUCUCCAACAUAGCCCAAAACAAAGACAUCCUCAACAUCCCCAUCCGCCCAAUUGAUUUUAUCCGAAGAUACCCUUCGAUUUUCCAGGAAUUUCUCCCGGGCGGAAUUGGAAUCCACCCACAUGUCAAACUAACCCCAGAAAUUCUCGACUUGGAUGCCGAAGAGAAUUUGAUUUACCAGAGUGAAACCUACAAGCAAGAAGUGGCCGAUCGGCUUUUGAAGCUGCUGAUGAUAGCUAGAGUCAAUAAAAUCCCGUUGAAUAUCAUUGAUAGCCUAGAAUUGGAUAUGGGUUUGCCCCAAGAUUAUAGGAAAAGUAUAGUUCCUGAGUUCCCAGAUUAUUUUCAAGUUGUUAAAGGAAAUGAAUCAAUGUUGGAGCUGGUUUGUUGGAACAAUGAGUUGGCAGUGUCAGGUGUGGAAAAGAAGGCAAUGUGUGGGGAAAGGGGAAUGCCAAUUGCAUUUCCAGUGCAAUAUUCGAGGGGGUUUGAGUUGGACAAGAAGUAUAAGAAAUGGGUUGACGAUUGGCAAAAGUUGCCAUACAUUUCACCAUAUGAAAAUGCAUUUCAUUUAGCUCCCAAGAGUGAUGAGUCUGAUAAAUGGGCGGUGGCGGUGUUGCAUGAGGUUCUUAAUCUUUUUGUUCCAAGGAAGGUGGAGUGGGAGAGUAUACUUUGUCUUGGAGAGUAUUUGGGCUUGCGGUCGAGGUUUAAGAGGGCAUUGUUGCAUCAUCCGGGGAUAUUUUAUAUGUCAAGUAAGAUCGGAACACAUACUGUGGUUUUGAGGGAGGUUUAUAAGAGGGAUUUGUUGAUUGCGAAGCAUCCAUUGAUGACCAUGAGAUUUAGGUAUAUUCACCUUAUGAACAUGGUGAAGGAGAACCAUAAGUCAAAAAGUGUGCAAGGUAACAGUAAGCAAGAAAAGAUGACCAAUGAUUCCAAAAAAGGGGAGAGAGAAGAAUUGGAUGAUGAUGAAAAUGGAGAGAAACAAAAUGAGCUGUGUGGGAUGUCAGUUGAGGACAUCAGUGGUGAUGACUAUGAUGAUGAUGAUGAUGAUGAUGAAAAUGAAGAUGAAGAUGAGAGUAUAAUGAAUAGAGGAAGGGCAACCAGGAAGACAACGUUUGAAGACAAGAGGCCUUCAAGAGCUGUGUCAAAGGGCGCAGCUGGAAGAUACACCAGUAAAACUAUGGACACCAGUUUGGCAAGAUUUUCUGGAAGAGUGGAAAAGCGUAAUGGUCAAAAUGUUCGUGGGCGAUCACGAGAAAGGUUGAAUGUUCAGAGAACCAGGGGGAGGUCAAAUGAUGAUGAAGAUGAAGAUGAAGAUGAAGAUGAGAGUGCAAUGAAUAGAGGAAGGAGAACUAGGAAGACAACGUUUGAAGACAAGAGACCUUCAAGAGCUGUGUCAAAGAGCGCAGCUGGAAGAUACACUAGAAAAACUAUGGAAUCCAGUUUGGCAAGAUUUUCUGGAAGAGUAGAAAUGCGUAAUGGUCAAAAUGUUCGUGGGAGAUUAUGUGAAAGGUUGAAUGUCCAGAGAACCAGGGGGAGGUCAUUUGAGGAUGAAGAUGAAGAUGAGAGUGCAAUGAAUAGAGGAAGGACAUCUAGGAAGACAAUGUUUGAAGACAAGAAGCCUUCAAGAGCUGUGUCAAAGAGCGCAGCUGGAAGAUACAUCAGUAAAACUAUGGACACCAGUUUGGCAAGAUUUUCUGGAAGAGUAGAAAUGCAUAAUGGUCAAAAUGUUCGUGGGAGACCACGCGAAAGGUUGAAUGUUCAGAGAACCAGGGGGAGGUCAUAUGAUGAUGAUGAGAAUGAAGAUGAAGAUGAGAGUGCAAUGAAUAGAGGAAGGACAACGAGGAAGACUACAUUUGAAGACAAGAGGCCUUCAAGAGCUGUGUCAAAGAGCACAGCUGGAAGAUACACCAGUAAAACUAUGGACACCAGUUUGGCAAGAUUUUCUGGAAGAGUAGAAAUGCGUAAUGGUCAAAAUGUUCAAGGGAGAUCACGCUAAAGGUUGUGUUUUCAGAGAACCAGGGGAGGUCAAAACUAGACAGGAGGACUUCUAUGUAGCAGAGAUCCAAUUUUUUUGCGAUAACCGAGCAGGUAGGUUUGUUUGUACUUUGUCGGGAGUCAUGAGUCCACUCGUAUGCUGCUGGUGCAGCAUAUGACAUGACUUCAAAUUUAAUUUGCAGUUUUUUCAUCUCAUAUGUGCUGCUUAGUUAUCAUUCAUGUGCUUAAACAUUUGUAGCAUAGCUAUUGAGUUAUCAAAAUUGUG